AGUUAUUAGAUAUUUUUCUACUUUAGUUUGUUUUCCAUCAUCUCUGAUGGAGUCAAAAUUUCACCAUUUUUGGCUCUGGGUUGUGAUGGAAUAAAUCAAAAUGGAUCUCUAAACUAUCUGCGCUUCUUUAAUUAAUGAAGUAGCAGUUAGUCAAACACUGCAACUUUCGAUGUUGAGCCGGGGGUCUCUUUGGAAACAGCCUCUCUACUUUCGAGUAGGGGCAAGGUCUGCGUACACACACCCUCCCCAGACCCUACUCUUAUCUCUAGGGCAUCUACCACGAACAAUACAUCCAACACGACCAAUAAAUCUUGGUCCUUAUUAUCUUCAUCCUUCAGAUCAUCCAGUCUGAUUUCAAGAAAAUUAUCAGGCAAAGGUUUUAGCUCAUGGCAGAAGUCCAUGACGAUUGCUCUAAGAUCUGGGAUGAAUUGGCUUUGGUAUCCAAUUUGCCAAGGUGUUCGUGUGGAGCUGUUCAAGAGCUUACCAAGUAUGAACAGAAUCAGAAACUAAUUCAGUUUUUUAUUGGCCUCAACUCAGAAUACAAUGUCACACGAGGGAACAUACUUCUUAUGAGACCUCUCCCUUCAGUUCCAGUUGCUUAUGGACUCCUCAUACAGUAAGAGAAACAGAGGGAGAUACAAGCACCUUCUCAUUUUACAGCUGAACAUGCGUCUCUGAAUGUAAAUGUUCACCCAACAAGUAAAGGGAGAUUUGAAGAAAGGAAAGUCAUCAUUUGUGAUUAUUGCAAAUUUGCAAGAAGGGCCACACUGCUGCUAAGUGUUACAGGCUUGUUGGCUUCCCAAAGGACUUCAAGUUUACCAAACCAAGAAGAGUUGCUGCAAAUGCUGUGAGUGGGGAAGAAUCUGAAACUGGUGAAUCUAAAUCUGAUGGACAGUUUAGCCCUGAGUUUUGCAAUGAAUUCAUGAAGUUCAUUAGUUCAUUCCAUGAUGAUAAAGUUCAACAUUCAUCCCAAGCAUUUACAGCACACAUGGCUGAUAUGAUUCUUAUCCCUAAUAAUUUUUUUGGUUAAACAUAUGUGUAAUAAUGUGCAUUUGUUUGAUGAUUAUGCCUUUAUUUUAGACACUGGAGCAACUGAUCAUAUGUGUGCCGAUUCUAGUCUUCUCACUAAUCUCACAAACUUAACCUCACCUCACCAAAUCAUUCUGCCUAAUAACCAACAACUCACAGUUUUUCAAACUGGAAUCAUCCAUUUACCUUGUGAUAUAAUGCUCAAGGAUGUUUUGUUUGUACCUGAUUUCAAAUUCAACCUUCUAUCUGUGGGUAAAUUGUGUAAACAACUGGGAGUUACAACUUGUUUCACAGCAGAAAGUGGAGCUUAGUAAAAGACAUGGUGGUUU